AAAAUUUUUUAAGAGUAAUUUGAAAAAGGCCAAUUGAAAAUGGCGCAUAACUUGAGAACAGUACCAUAGAGAGACUAGAAUCCCCUACUCAAUACUCUCCAAACCUCCGUCUCCGUGGUGUCGUCGACUCGUCGAGCAUGGCUUGGGAUUUGAUCUAUUGGCUUAUCUGCUUCUGCAUCGACCUUGCCCUCUUCGCCUCAAGCCUUUACCAGUAUGUGAUGCUAACGGACUUGGAGGCUGACUAUAUCAACCCUUACGAAUUAUCAUCUCGCAUCAAUCAAUUGGUUGUCCCUGAGUUCGUAGUGCAUAUAGUCUUCUGUGCGCUUUUCCUCUUGACACAGCAUUGGUUCAUGUUCCUGAUUACAGUCCCCAUUACUUGCUAUAUUGUGAUGUUGUUUGUAAAACAGCAGCAUCUUAUUGAUGUCACUGAAGUCUUCAGGGUUCUUAAUACUGAGAAGAAGUGCCGGCUUGUCAAACUUGGUUUCUACUUUUCUCUCCUCGCUAUCAUCAUCGUCAGGAUUACAAUAGCUGCUUUCAACUCUUUGACUAGUGAGGAACAUGCUGUGAAUAUAUUUUGAUUGAUCACUGCUUGACAGUUAUAUAAAAGCCAUUCAUUGUAAGUUCGUUUUCCAUGUUUGUUAUCUGUAUUACUAAAAGAUGAAUUCUAGCUCAGGGGAAUAGUCAAUCUAGAUCUCAGACGGUAGAAUGAUUCAGUGAACAGUCAUACCCUUUGUUGUUUUGAUAUGUGAAGUGUUCCUGGUGAUUGAUAGAUAUGAGAAAUCCUUGUAGAUUGUUCC